UGACAUUCGACGCUGACGGUGGGUUCGGCUCGCUUCCUCUUAUCAGACUCUUCGUUUUUUUCUGAGAACUUCGACGCGAACCGCUUGCUUCGCUGGAAAAAAGAUGACGGAGUUCGCCUCAUCAUAGUGCCAGUGCUGCCACUUCAGUGCUGUGCGCUGCUGCGACUGGCAGCUGGUACCCUCGGUGGUAAACAGUCAAUAUUUUCCCCGAGGAAUUAUGGCCCCAACAAGAAACAACGAUGGACUUCUCGCGAGGGUCAACUUUCCGCUCUACACCCUGCAAAUGGUGACGAGCAGGCAUAUUUUGGUCGGGGGAGGCGGCGGCUCGUCUAAAACUGGAGUGGCGAACGGUUUCGAAAUAUUUGAGAUCUCUCACAAUGGAGAGACUUUUGUUGCCGAGGAAGCAGUACGACAUGAAACUGGGCCAACGGUGGUUAUGAACUCAGCUACCUAUAAUGAUGGAAAGCGAACUUUUCUAGUUGCUGGCCAGGAAAGCCAUUGCCAGCUCUACCAUGUCCGAUUGUCUGUGGAAAAUGAAAAGCGCAACAGUAUAUCUAGUGCUGACCAGAAAGAAGCUCAAUCAAAUGAUAAUCAGACCAGGCAGCGCAAGAAACGAAAUUCAACAAGUGAAACUUCUGAUAAAACCUCUUCAAACAAAAGUGAAAAACAGAAAGAUAAAGUUACAAGCAAUGGUGUCAACAAAGUACAAAAAAGACUACAUUUUGAAAUUAAACCAUCAGAUAGCAUUCAAACAGAUUUUAGUAAAGAGGAACCUCUUCAAAAGGUCGUUCGCAUCAGUCGUAAUGGUGAAAUCAUGGUCACAGGAGGGACUGAUGGAUUUAUCAGAGUUUGGCAGUUUCCAACCAUGAAUAAAUUGCUCAAUAUUAAGGCUCACACUAAAGAAAUUGACGAUCUUGAUAUUUGUCCUGACUCUGCAACAAUAGCCAGCAUAUCAAAAGAUGGGGCUUGCUGCUUGUGGAAUAGUAAAACUGGUAAAAAGACCUCCACUUUAACAUGGGAAAUCCCUGCCAAUUCUAAAUAUCUUUACAAAAGAUGCCGCUUUGGUAUUAGAGGCAAUGGCACAGAUUUUGAUUCACUCUUUACUUUGGCCAACCCAGUGGGCCGUGCUGGUAAUCUAAAAUCAUAUCUACAGAUGUGGGAACCAGCAAGUGGAAAACUCCGCAGAAAUCACGCAUUUGAUGAGAGCCUUGCAGCACUUGCUGUUCGUGAUGAUGGAAUGUUUGUUGCUGUUGGCACAAUGUUCAGUGGAAGUGUAUCUAUUCACGUGGCAUUUAGUCUUCAGAGGAUCAUGAAUGUCCGUAAUGCGCAUGGAAUGUUUGUUACUGGUCUUGAAUUUCUACCAACAUCCCUGGAUGGACCAGCAAUCACUUGUCCUUAUGAGGCUGCAGUGGUUAGCAUUUCUGUUGACAAUCGAGUUUGCAUCCAUCAAGUUCCAUUCAGACAAACUAUGCCAGUUUGGCUGGUCCUCGUUCUCAUGGUCAUUCUUUUGUGUGCAUCAUUUACAGUUUGUAGUUAUUUUGGAUUAUAAUUAAAAAAUUGUCAAAAGUUGGUGUUAGAUCUUAAAAUUUGUUCUAUUGUAGACAGUUUAAGAUUGUGAGCACCAAGCUAUAACUUGUGUUCAGCUAUACUUGUCUCACUGAUUUGUUUCUCAUCUUUUCUGAGCUCUUGAUUAUUUAAGUUCUGUGUUAAAUUUUAACUUCACAAAAUUCUGGUUGUAUCUUUUUUCUCUUCAACACCAUGUUAACAGGUUUCACAUUAUGAAUUUUAGGUCAAUUAUUUUUACUUAAUGUGUUGGAAAUUGUUCAUCAUUGUGAGUUACCAAUUAUUAUUUGUAACCCAGGAACUUCAAAUGAACUUGCGCUCGAAGGUGUGUAGCCUCUGGUCUUAAAUUAUUUGCAACGAGAGUUUUUUACUUUUACUUGUAGUUGUCAUCUGUAGAAAGUGUCCUCAUCAUCCAAUCAUUGGUUUUCAAGUUUUUUGCUGCUAGUCACUUUUCAACCAGGACGUUUGUGAUGCCAUUUUAUUUUAUAAACGGAAACUUAGGUUCUAGUUAUAACGCCAGCUUUUGCAUUCAUGAUAGUGAAUUCCAAUUAAUGACCCUGUUGAAGAUUGUGUGAUCAUGACUUUGUAAGUUUGGUGCUGGUUACAUCAGCUUAUAUGUGUGUAAUUAUAUCUUCUCUCCUUAGGUAA